AUGUUCGGUACAUUGCUGACGUUCUUCUUCCUGUCUAUCCUAAGGAAUCACGUUCUCGCACAGGAGGCGAUUGUUUUUGACAGUAUGACGACAACUAUGUCAUCAAGUAACAACAUGAAUAACGGCAUGUCUUGCUGUUGCGUUUUAGCAGGCACUUGUCCAUCCGUCAAUACAGGAAUCGAUAUUCGAAUUGUUAAUGUAGUUUCUAAUUGUUCCGCUGGACAAGUAUAUUGUUGCACACGUACUUCAGGAAAUUUGGUCGAUACUUCUUGCGGUGUUAGAAAAAUUCCGGAAAGUUCACAUCCUCAGGGUCAAGCCAGUUACGGUGCAUAUCCAUGGCAAGCUGUGCUUUUAACGACUAAUAACGUUUACGUCGGUUCUGGCACUCUUAUUAGCCCAAAUCAUGUGCUAACUGUUGCUCACAAAGUAGAAUCUUACAUAAAUGGAGGACUUAAGGUGAGACUAGGAGAAUGGGAUGGACAGUCUACCAGUGAAUCUUAUUCAACUAAGGAAUAUUCAAUUGCAAAAAUAUCUGUGCAUCCUCAAUUUAAUUCUGUUAAUCUUCAAAAUGAUGUAGCUUUAUUAACUUUGAGUGGUACUGUUCCUAUUUCAAGCAGUCCCAAUAUUAACACUGCAUGUUUUCCUUCAGGAAUACCUGCAGAUUAUACAAGAUGUUGGGUGUCAGGUUGGGGGAAGGAUGCAUUUGGCAUGAAUGGCAAAUACCAAAGUAUAAUGAAAGAAGUGGAUGUACCAAUUAUUGAUCAGUCAACCUGUCAAAAUUCUCUUCGACAAACUAGACUUGGACAGAAUUUCAUUUUAAACAAAAAUAGUUUUAUAUGUGCAGGAGGUGAACAAGGAAAAGAUGCAUGCACAGGUGAUGGUGGUUCACCAUUAGUAUGUCAAAAUGGGAAUGGACAAUGGCAAGUGGUUGGAAUGGUUGCAUGGGGUAUUGGUUGUGCAACCAGUAAUGUUCCUGGUAUAUAUGUAAAUGUAUAUAAUUACAUUCCAUGGAUCACACAACAAAUAAGUCAAAGCAAAUAA